UCUAAUAAUAUGAUUAAUAUAUAUUUACUAUAAUCCCACAAUAUUCUAAUACAAAUUAAAGAAGAUAUGAACCUAUUGAUAUUUGUAACUUUAAAUCAUAUAAUAACAAGCCAACAGUUAGGCUGAUGUUCUUCGCCGAAAUCCCGAAAUAAAUAGAUGACACGUAUUAAUUAAUUGCUCGUUUAUUUUUUUUUAAAUUAUCGAGCAAUCAAACCGAUUAUCAGCUAUACACUAAGUUUCAUUACUCUCUUUCAGAUACAAUCAAGAUUAUCUUGUCCCAAAGCAUCGACCAAUGAAAUAUUAAUCAUUGAACUCGGUCAAGACAUUCACCUAAUAAACAUCAACACCAAGAUCUGAGUUUUCUCCGACGAAAUCGUUCAGAUGGACACAUCUCAAGAAUUAAACCAAAUUUAUACGAAGAGUGACCGGAUGACAUAUUGUAAAAGCAUAACUUUAAAAUGGAAAUGGAGUUUUUUUCGCGCGUUAUUUCAAUUGUGCUAUCUUUGUUCUGCUGUAUUCCUGGGUUCUGUUUUUGGUCGUUGGUUUGGUUGUGGGAAAGGCUGGGUUUAUCAAGUUAGUCCCACUUUAGACCUUCAUAAAUUUAAAGGCGGUCGGUUAAUUGAUUCAGAUACCUGGUGCACUACACAAUGUUCUUGGUUUGAUAAAGAAGGAAUUUCUAUCGGAGAAGAUAGUCGGCACAUAAAUACAACCACUAUGUCUCAUUUCGGUGAUUCUACGUGGUAUACAACUUUGCAAACUUCGACUAAUAAUUCAAACAAUGAGACACUUUACGCAUGCAAAUGCAGUGAUGAUCUGUACACACGAGAGGUUUUUAUUAAACAAUAUCCAGAAGAGAAUAUUUCAACUGUUGUGCCUUUAGGUGGAAUUGUAAUGUUUUCACUGCCUGUUACUGGACUACCCCACUGGAACAAUAUGGAAAUAUAUUAUACAUUCAAUGAUAAGCCACCGAUUGAAACACACAGUAUGUUCAGAUGUUCGUGGCUUAUACAUGGCCUUUUUACAUGGCCAUUUGUAUAUUAUAAAGUAACAAAAUACUCCGACAAACUUUUCAGGAUGAACAUUUGUUCCAGUCCAGAUAGUACUGGAACGUAUAAGUUUUUUAUACGUCGUCAAGUUUUUAACAGGAAUUUGAAUAAAUCCGAGACAAAAGAGUUUCAAUAUCCUACCGCGUUUACAGUUUCGGUUGAUAAUUCACAGAUGUUCGGUGACAUAUACAAAACUGUUUCGAUCACUAAAAAGAGGCCCCCGGAAUUGGAAUUGGAUGAACCUCUUGCUAGAGAUAGUCCAGCAAAGCCCAGACUAUAUUUGGUUUUUGGAAUUGUUGUUGUUAGCAUUUGUUUCCAUUUUCUUUAUAUUAGAUUUGUAAUAGAAAUGACGAAUCGUGUUGUAAUUUAUGCAUUAUAUUUUAAAGAUAAUUACGAAAAAAGAUUUUCUGAAUUAUUAAAGGUAGCAUUCUUUUGUGCUUUUAACGUCUCGGCAUUAAAAGCGCCGUUAAAGUUUAGAUACCGCUCUCCAACUAAAAUAUAUAUCAUUCUUACGAUCAUAUCUGUAUUGAAACACGAUGUAAUCAGUUUCAAUAUAUUAGAAUACUUCUGCGUAGAUUAUGUUGAAGCAUUUUUGCAUUUUAUAAUAGAUUGUUUAUUCAUAGUGACGAUUUAUACAUAUCGCGAACUGGUGCCAGAUGACAAUAUGGAAUCGGAAGCAUUAGGUGGAAUUCUUCCCAUGGAUCAAUUUGUUAAAGUUUAUGAUGUCUAUUUAUCUUAUUCUGAUCGCGAUAUUAUAUUCAUUAAAGAUGAAAUUCUUCCUAUUUUAAAGGAAAGAGGAUAUUUACAAUAA